UCUCUCUCUCUCUCUCUUUCCUUCUUUCUUCAUCUCGUCUUCUUGUUAACAGUAAAGCAUCAUAGAUUUCAAAAGCAGCUUCCGUGCAGAAAAAAGAAAGAGGUGAAUUUGAUCGUCAGUCUGCUGCUGGUGGGGAGCCGUGGCUUGCAGGCCUGGAGAGGAUGUGUCACUGCUGAGAGGUUUUCCCCUUUUUACUCAUGAUCUCUCUCUCUCUCUCUCUCUUUCUCUCUUUUUAUCUCUUUUUCUCUGUCUGGACGUGAAGUCAGCACCUCAUUUCAGCACUUUUGUUUUUCAGUAAAGUCGUAAAAAAAAGACGCCUGUCGAUCGAACGCCCUGCGAAUGACCUUUUAACUUUCAAUGCUGAGCGGCAGGUGCGCGCACUGCUAGUGAGUUCUGGAGAAGAGCGUAGUGAAAUUAUAUAUGACAAGAAAUAUAUGACUGAUCUGAUCAGAAUGACGCAAUAUAUACGAUUUCUUAAGAAAUCUACAGCAUUCGUCGCCGAUUGAUGAUGCACUAAUUAUCCGCACGCUCGCAUAGACAUCAGAUAUUCAGAUAAAGUUAUACUGUAGUUCUGAUAUCGGCCUAUCAGACUGUAGGAAGUGCACAGCGGGCGAACGGGUUGAAUGGAGAGUCCCAGCCUGUGGUCUACCUUGAACACCUUCCCCACUUUUCCUCGCCCAUUCUCCGCAAUCCAGUCGUCUCUCUUUUCCCGAGUGAGCUGAGAUGAUCCGUAUUCACAACCCCCAUCAUUUACCCUUCUUGCGCCAGACGGAGACAUUUCUGCAGAGGGGGACCCUCUGCGACACUGUCCUCAUGGUGGACGGUCACGUCUUCAAAGCUCAUGCCUUGGUUCUUGCCUGGGCCAGCAAGAACCUCGAGCGGCAGCUCACCAGCCAGAACCCAGGACUCGGUUAUCGCUGCAGCGUAGGCAACGUUUCUCCCCAGACACUGAAGCAAAUCCUGGACUAUGUGUACAGCGAGUGGGUGGAGGUUCCUGAAGGGGACCUUCCAGAGCUUCUGAGGGGAGCUCAGCACCUGGAGGUCCAGUCACUUGUGGAGCAGUGUCAGGUGCAGAUGAGCGUCCUGGAAGCAGAGCAGAGGCUGUCCCCUGACGUCAAUGUGGGACAUUGUGAUUCAAAAGCAAGACAGAAAAUCCCCUCUUCUGAUGAGGCAUCCCCUCUCAGUUCUUCUUUAGAUUCUCCACCUGUGACACACUCAGACCUCUCAGAAAGGUCAGGGCAUGUCUCGAGUCCAUCACCUCCUCCACCUCCACCACCACAGAAGCCCUCCUUGCCCAUGGCUCUCCCUGAGCCACCUACUGCACCUUCCAGAGAAGUCAUCUUCUCCAGCUUGUCCACGUCGCCAACUCCAACCCCGCCUCUCCACUGGUCCUCUCUAAACCCGUCUCGCCGGAUGGUCCUCAGCUAUAGAGACAUCAUGGCGGUCCACACUCUCCGAGCUUCCCAGCAGAUGAUGGCAUGUUCCUACCCCACGCCCAUGUAUCCCUUUUUCCACCGGUCCAUCCAACCCCAGGUCCCUUCCUCCCUUCUGGGCUACUCGGCUCUCGUCCAUCCCUACAACCACCUCCUCCGCCCCAGACCUCUGGCUUUGGACAGUCCACUGGUGCCAGGCCUCAAGGGGAAGAGCGAUGCAAUCACGGCAGCUCUGGCUGGAGGAGAACAGGACCGGGAAAGGAAACCAAACGUUCAGUCAGAGAAGGAGACACUUUGUAGACACUGCAGCAAACCAGCUGUAGAAAACGCAUGGAGACAGACAUCCAGGUCACCACCCUCAGGUUCAGAGGAGUAUCACGGCUGUAAGUUCUGUAGGAGCGGGAUGAGGGAGAAGAGAUCUCUGCGGUCACUUCGGAGAGGACUAGGGGGGGAGAAACCCUACCAGUGUAAACACUGCAGCAAGAGAUUCAGCCUGAAACACCAGCUGGACACACAUCUCAGAGUGCACACAGGUGAGAAGCCGUUCGAGUGUCGUCUCUGUGGUCAGCGAUCUCGCGAUUACUCAGCCAUGAUCAAACACCUGCGUACGCACGGCGGGGCCACGCCCUACCAGUGCACCCUGUGCCUGGAGUUCUGCAGCAGUUUGGCCACCAUGCAGAAGCACCUGAAGAGCCACCCCAACCAGGACUUCCCCCCAAACUGGAGCCUGAGCAGCACCUACCUCUACACCUGCCACACCUAACACCCAGCUCCGCUCUCCGCACACAGGCCAAGCUUUAACACGCUUUCAACACCAAACAUCUACAACCACAAUACAUUUAAUAACUUAUUUUAUUAAUAUUAAUCAUUUUAUAUUGUAAUAUGUGUAUAAUAUCAUAAUAAUAAUAAUAAUAAUAAUAAUAAUAAUAAUAAUAAUAAUAAUAAUAAUAAUAAUAUGUCACAAAUCCUCCACUCAGUGUUUCCUUCACCACAGUGUUUGCCUGCUACAGUUACAGUAAAUAAAUGUACAUAAUAAUAGAUGUAGCAUGCUAUUAAAACAGGUCAAAAUAAUAUUCUCACCCUUAUAAAAACCGUCCACCUCAUUCUAUUUUAUAUAAAAGAGUUUAUAAA